AUGAUCAAGCCCGAAGAUAGAUUCUACUCAGAGGGUCAGGGCUAUUUUGGUCCUAGGGAAAGGCCUACAACCGAAACUCACUGCAAUGUAUGGCACUGGGAUCAGUUGCGCUUGAUCAAAGUCAAAGGAACUGCCAGGCUUUUUCCACCUGACGAAGAUAUUGAGAACUCAAUUCUUGCCCAAUUUGCCGAUUACCUUUCGCCCGAAGUUCGUGCAAUCACAGUCGACGACGACGGGCUUCUUACUGGAGUCUCGACAGAUCCAAAAGAAGAUGAUACAUUCUUUAUUGGGUAUAUCCCAUUCUCGCUCUGUCAAUCGUUUGCAGAUUGCUCCACAAUCUACUUCUCUCAACUUCAAGAGCUCGAUCGGCUUGGACCAGGUGUGGACCUCUCGGCGUACGAUGGUCAGAGGGUCGCAUUCAAAUUCAACCCUUUAGGCAUGUCUCGAAGACUACAAAUGUCUUGGAAGGAGAUAAACAUGCUCAGCAAACUACCACCACAUCCUAAUAUAGUACCAUUUGAUCGCGUCGUUCUCGAAGACGUGGAGUCUCGAGUGAUUGGAUUCACAACAAAAUAUAUCCCAGGUGGAACACUAGCAGAUGCCGAUCCGAAAAUGCCUUUCCGAUUUGAAUGGCUACAACAGCUUACCCAGGUGGUGGAUUUCUUGAACCUAGAAUUAGGGAUCAUGCAUCAAGAUAUUGCACCCCGAAAUUUGCUGGUCGACCCUGAAACAGACAAGAUUCUUCUCUUCGAUUUUGACUGGGCAGCCAAUGGAAAGGACUAUCUACUAGAUGAUCGAGACGAUGUGUCUGGUGUUGCAUUUACACUAUACGAGAUCAUCACAAACGAUACACAUUUUACAAGCAUUCCUCACUGGGAGCGAACCAUAGAUAUGGUGCAGACUAUUGAAUGGACUUGUCACCGCGAACUAGACUCCGACGUGUCAAAGUUCCGCAAGUUCCUGAAUGAAUGGAUAGCAACGAGAACCGACAGAGCCAUGGAACGAUAUCUCAAUGCACCUAAGCGGCUUACAUGGCCGGACCUCCCGACCCCUCCAGACUACAGUGUGCCCUUUGAGAUGGGUUGGACAAAGGAAGGGGAAACUGUUUGGCGAACUGGUGCGCGUAUGAGACGCACUGCACUAAGAAAGGGACAAUACUGCUUUAAGUGGCAAAGGCCACCACAAAGCAGGCUGUUGGAGAAAGCCAAAAAGAAUAGUGUAGCUGAGGACUAA